GUGGAGUGUCUACGUCAGAGGAAGCGGCGCCCCUCAUAUCAGUUUCUGUCGAAGGCAAGAACAGGGUUACUAGGUUAUUCUCUGCAGAACCUCUCAUUGUCCUUACAGGUGUAUAAACAUGCUGCUUCGUAAAGUGAGCCAGUCCUCCGUCCUCUGUGGCACCAUUCGCCACAUCCCGCCUGUAUUGUCCGGGACACCCAGUCGAGCUGGCGUGGUGCUUGCUGUCAAGAAUGCGCGUUACGCAAGCCAAUCGGCAGAGGCGGUGUUGGAUAAAUCUGAGGUUGGCACAGCUGGUGCCAAGGUGGAGAAGAAGAUGGCCCCUGUUGAGUCCAAGUCGUUUGCUGCCAACAUCUUCAAAGGGCAGAUCACCACCGCUCAGGUGUUCCCCUUCCCCUCAGUGCUGAGCGAAGAGCAGGAUCAGUUCCUGAGAGAGCUCGUCGGGCCGGUCGCUAAAUUCUUUGAGGAGGUGAACGACCCGGCCAAGAACGACUCCCUGGAGAAAGUGGAGGACCACACCAUGCAGGGCCUCAAGGAGAUGGGGGCCUUCGGCCUCCAGGUGCCCGCAGAGCUCGGGGGCCUGGGCCUCUGCAACACGCAGUACGCCAGGCUGGUGGAGAUCGUGGGCAGUCACGACCUGGGGGUGGGCAUCACGCUGGGCGCCCACCAGUCCAUCGGCUUCAAGGGCAUCCUGCUCUUCGGCAACCCGGCCCAGAAGGAGAAGUACCUGCCCAAGCUGGCCACCGGAGAGAACCUGGCUGCGUUCUGCCUGACGGAGCCGGCCAGUGGCUCGGACGCGGCCUCCAUUAAGACCACGGCGGUGCAGUCCGAGUGCGGGGAGUACUUCACCAUGAAUGGAGGCAAGAUCUGGAUCAGCAACGGAGGCCUGGCGGAGAUCUUCACCGUGUUCGCCAAGACGCCCAUGAAAGACCCCAAGACGGGGGAGAUGAAGGACAAGAUCACAGCGUUCGUAGUGGAGAGGAGCUUCGGAGGAGUCACACACGGCCCCCCGGAGAAGAAGAUGGGCAUCAAGGCGUCCAACACGGCCGAGGUGUACUUUGAGAACGUUCGCGUGCCGGCCGACUGCGUGCUGGGCGAGGUGGGCGGCGGCUUCAAGGUGGCCAUGAACAUCCUGAACAACGGACGCUUCGGCAUGGCCGCCGCUCUCUCGGGCACCAUGAGGGCAUCGCUCGCUCAGGCCGUGGACUGGGCUGCCAACAGAACCCAGUUCGGCAGCAAGAUCCACACGUACGGCGCCAUCCAGGAGAAGCUGGCCCGCAUGACCAUGCUACACUACGUCACGGAGUCCAUGGCCUACAUGAUCAGCGGCAACAUGGACAGCGGAGCCUCAGAGUUCCAGAUCGAGGCGGCCAUCAGCAAGAUCUUUGCGUCUGAAGCGGCGUGGACUGUGACUGACGAGUGCAUUCAGAUCAUGGGCGGCAUGGGCUUCAUGAAGGACUCUGGUGUGGAGAGGGUGAUGCGGGACCUGAGAAUCUUCCGGAUCUUUGAGGGAACCAACGACAUCCUCCGACUGUUCGUUGCGCUCAACGGCUUCCAGAGCGCUGGGAACCACCUCAAGGGCCUGCAGAGGGCCCUCAAGAGCCCCCUGGGCAACGCUGGCAUGCUGGCCGAGGAACUCACCAAGAGAGCCAAGAGGAAGGCGGGUCUGAGCAGUGGUGUGAGCAUGCAGGGCACGGUGCACCCUGAACUCUCUCAGAGUGGGGACCUGAUGGUCAAGGCCAUCGAACAGUUUGGUGUCGUUGUGGAGGAAAUGCUGAUCAAACACGGAAAGAAGAUCAUCGACGAGCAGUUUGUGUUGACGCGCGUGGCGGACGCCGCCAUUGACCUGUACGCCAUGGGGGUCGUCCUGUCAAGGGCGUCCCGUUCUCUGAGUCAGGGGCUCCCCUCAGCCCAGCAUGAGAAGAUGCUGUGUGAGACCUGGUGUGUGGAGGCUCACGACCGCAUCACGCAGGACCUCCGCCUCCUGAGCUCCAGCCAAUCCAAGCAGCUCUUCAAGAACCUGCGCGCCAUCUCCUCUGCCGUGGUGGAGAACGGGGGCGUGGUCUCCCCUCACCCGCUGGGCUUCUAAGCCCCGCCCCCUAACAUCAUGCCACCACCACCACAGCGCCAUUCUUGGUCCCAUUUUUUGGUUUUGUUUCUUCCCGCUGAUUAUUUGGCUCCAAGAACCAAUCGGAUGGCGGAUCAAAUUUAAUUUGAUUCUUUUGUUUUGUACAAUUAAAACAUAACAUGAAAGGAGAGACACACAAACAAGCAGGGGCCGGUUGAGGGAGGUAAACUGCAGCCCAGCCUGUCUGGGGUUGGACUGAACCACUUUAAAUCAUGGUGGACCCAACUUCUCGACCAUUGCACAGUGCUGAAUGUCCGAAGGAGACAGGGAAUGUAGCGUAGACCGUUUGUUGUUCAGGACAGAGAAAGUUUAAAUAUGUCUCUGAAACCCUCCUCGCUACACCAGUGCUUGACCUCUUGGUCUGUACCCAGAUGUACAGAUAUUACUGAACAGCCUUUUCGUUGGAGUGGUCUCUGAGACAAAGAAUGUGUUUGACGCAGUUAGGGGUGCUUUAUUUUGUCUUCCCGUUUCAGUAGCUGUAUAUACCGUAUGCCUUUUUGUGUGGGGAAGCUAGGUCUAACUACUGUGCAUCCAAAUAACAAUAAUAAUCAUGUCAUAAACCAAUUAAAACCUCCAGUGACAGUGUUUAACUUAUCCAGGCAAAAGUAUGCAAUCCUUUAUUGGGCUGUUUCUCAAAAGCCGUGCUCUCCAUAAUUUGAACUGAAACAGUCUAAUAAAACAAAUUGAUCAAAUAGAAUAUGGUUGUAGCAGCAGGGGGUCAGGCCGACUCCCAGGCAAAGGUCUUCGGUUUGAUUCCUUGGGUUUGGGGUUUCUAACUGUAGGCCUGUUCCAGCUAGUGGCCUCUCCCCCGACUUUAUCCUCCAUGUUACUGUAUCAACACAUUCAAUGCAAGUCCUUUUGGAUAACAGUUUUUGCUAAUUAGCGCCUCACUUAAUAACAUCAGGGUGAUCAUUUUAAUGGUUUAGAGGUGAAGCUGUUUUACUUCCUUGUAAUGUGGACUGGUAAUUAUAUACACCUCGUGGAUCACAUCUCAGAACAAAGGGAAUGGCUUGUUCAGGUGAAAUUAAAUAAUGUUAUUACUCAUAAUAAAACCUAUAGAGACUUUGUGUUAAUAAAAUUAGCAUCUUGG